AUGUAUGCCCAACAGAGACAAAUGCGCUACAGCCCCCACAAUGGGCCAGGAUACUAUGAAGAUCAACGCCGUUACCAAGGCAGUGGAUACAGUCAAACCGGAUACAGUCAAGCCGGUUACAGUCAUGCAGGAUACAGCCAACAAGGUCACAGCCAACAAGGUCACAGCCAAGGUGGAUGGGACCAUCGUUCGUUCGUCUCUGGUGCCCAUGGUCAUCAAGGCUACGGACAACCAUAUGCCAAUCGGCAUUCUCCUGUUCCAACUUACGGUACGAGAUCUCCUUCUCCCCAAUGGACAGAACAACAAAGUGCUCGGUACAACCAGAAUAUGAACAAUUCCCCGGUCCCCACUUCUGCUCGCGACACUCCAGUCAGCAAUGGUGAUAUGGACCACUCCAGCACUAUUGACUCCUACGACCAAGAAGACUAUGCAGCUACUACAUACACCGUUUCCGAAGAGGAGCCAGCCGCAAACGUGAGCUGUACAAACCUUCUUUUUGGAGGAGGAAAGAAGAAAGCUGGAUUGAUCAAUUGCAAUCAAGUUGACCCAUCAACCACUGAGGUCGAAGUCAAUCUCAACAUGCCACGAAUGGAACAUCUCGAAAAGCGUGUGGAUCAUUACAUGAAUCAAGUUCCUUCGUCACAGUCGAAUUUGAGAGCUGCUGUUCAGGCGUUCCAUUGUAAGCAAGAGCCAAUUCACACUCAUCAGUUCGCACAGUAUGCACGCUAUGAUUACGACACCUACUAUGAAGAGCCGGAUUAUAUUCAGAAUGCAUUUCAACCACAGAUGAUGAUGCCUCCCACUCCUCGACAACCUGUCCCUGCCCAAAUCUACGGAUCGGCUUUGUUCUCGGAAGGCUCUGCUUCCACUGAGGAUGAGGAGGAGCCAGUUCCAGUGCAACGGUUCCAAAACAAACGUGCUCCGCGUGAGAUCAUUGUUGACAACCACGACACAGUUUCAGUAUUAUCAGACAAACAUCUUGUAAACAUGGGCAUUGGUCCAUCCCCCCGUCACCAAUCGAACUAUGGAAACGAUGAAGCGAUGAAGCCUUUCUCUCCGACAAACCGAGCGUCUCCUCGUACCCCAUCGAGAUCGAAGGGUUUCAGGGAUUACAAUGAAAUCCCUCCCAUGCAAGCUAGGGCUAUUGAUGAGAACGGGCUGAAGAAAGAUUCCGAAUCUUCCAGUCUCGUCCCAACGUACCCCGAUGAGAAUACUCCAAGGCGACAAGAGAAGUCGAAACUGGUUGAAAAGCCAGUGGUUGUCCAACGGGCAGUCUACAGGUCCAACGACAAUCGAAGCUUUGACGAAUCUGUUGAAGUCUCUGUUUUCCAAAAGAGAACAGAUUAUGGAAGAUCGACCAAGAAACAGACCUAUGAAUACAGCGAGAGCCCGAGCUUUGAUGAACCUGUUCAGGUUCGUGCGAAGCCGGAAACAAAAUACGAACCCAAGGAUGAAAAUCCAAGCUUUGACGAGUCUGUUGAACCAAUGAUCAGACCAAGAAAGAAGGCCGAACUUCUCAUAAAUGAAUACGAGAAUGAUCGCACGGCUUUGCGUUCGACAAGAAACCAUAUGUUGAAAGAGCGAACUGAAACUUCAUCCAACUUCUCAAGGCCACGGGUUGAAGCGCAACGCAGCAGAUACGUCGUAGACGAGCUCAUGGGCAAGUCCGAAAGUUCGGAAGAAGAUGUACUUGGAAAACCUCGCGAGAAGACAUGGGAUGAGCUAAUGGGUACUAUGGAUGACACUAAAAUUCUGGAAGAUGAGCUAAUGGGCAAGUCACGAGGCAAACCAGAAGAUAUGUCGAUGGGGAUGAGAGGCCAAUCUGUGAUGGCCGACUCGGAGAAAUAUCAUGAAAUGUCCUCUUCAGUCCCUGACAGAGACGUUGACGACAGAGUCACUAGAACACCAUCCAUCGAAUCCAACAUUGAUGCCAUAUUGGAGAAGAUUGACAACGAGCAAUUCGAAGCCGAAGAAGAGACUGUGGGAGAAGAGGUUGACUACAUGCCGUCAACAAGAGCAGCUGCUUCUCUGAUUGAAUCCAUGAUGGGUAGCCUCACCAAGAAACCACUUCAAAAGAUUGCCGAAGAUGAGGAUUUUGAGGCUGGUAUGGACGCUCUGAAUCUUGACGACGAUGAGGAAAUAAAACAAAUGAAGAAGGAUCUAUACAGAUUCUUGUAA